AUGUGGCGCCGCCGUGCGGUUCAGACCCUGCUCGGUUUGUCGUGGAAGUCUCAGAACCAUGGACAUUCUCCUUCUUCUUCUUCUUCCUCGUCCCGGUUCUAUUCGGGUUCGUCCGGGAAAAAGGGGAAGCUCGCACCUCUGCAGGUACCCCUUUCGUCUGCCGGUCUCAGUCGGAUUGUCUUACUUUCUUCUAGGGUUUUUCUGCGAGUCUCCCCACUCCGAGGCGGUGGGAGUAGGAUUGCGAGGGAAGAACGAGUCGCCCGAUCAUUCACGUCGGGUUUUUGACAUUUUGUUAUCGUCUCCUCUCAGGAGAGGAGGAUGGUGGACAGGUUGAGGAUAUGGGCGAAAGGGGGUGAAGGUGGGAACGGGUGCUGGAGCACGCGGCGUAGCCGAACUGAUCGCCACGGGAAAGCUGAUGGUAGGGUCUCCGAUCAAUUCAUCCGCACACAUACACAGGCUCCAGAUUUCCGGGGCUUCCACUUUGAUUUCUCCGCGCCACAAAUUUCACUGCAGGCGGGAACGGCGGAAGGGGUGGCGAUGUCGUUCUUGAAAGCUCCGCCUCUGUCUGGGAUUUCAGCAACCUGCAACAUCACCUGGUACGCUCUCCGGCCGUCAGAAUAUCAGGAAUCGUCGCCUGCCCAGAUACAUUUUUCGAGCAGAGUGGCUGAUCGGUUCACCGUCUUCCUUCGCUCUAACUCAUCUCUGGUUGCAACGUUCAGAAUGCAAAGAGAGGCGGCAAUGGAACUUCGAAGAACAGGAUAGGAACCCGAGGAGCCGACAAGGUGCAAGAAGCCACCCGUCCUUGCUUCUUUUAGAUGUGCAUAUCCAUGAAUUCGUAUGUUUUGAUUGGUUCUUCUUGCCGUAGCUGGUGCAAGUUCCAGUUGGAACAGUCAUUCAUCUGGUCGACGGCGAAGCCCCCUUCUUCGUGGAGAAUCGCUGCUCUCACUCCCUACAGCCGUGGGAAAUCCCCGACGCCGCAGAGUCCGAAGCCUCGCCACCCGACCAGCAGAACGACUGCGAAAUUGGAUGUCGCGAUGGAGCCUCUUCUUCCUCCAGCGAUCGUAAAUGGCGAUCCUUGAGCGAAAGCUCAGAACCGUCAUCGUCGUCCUCGUCCUCGUCUUCGGAAGAUGAUGGGUAUGAAAUCGAAGACUCCGGCGAGGAGGAGCAGAGAGAGGAAAUACUGCACUCUGUGGCGGAGCUGACCCAGCCGGGGCUGCGGAUAGUCAUAGCCUGCGGCGGCGAAGGCGGUCUCGGCAAUUCCUCCGUCGGAAGAGCUUCAAGACCCCAGAGGACGGGGGCCAUGGAUAGGAGGGACGACGGCUCCUCUGAACCAGAAGCCCUGACCGUCGGCGCCGCCGGCUCGGAAGCAACGCUGAUCUUGGAGCUGAAGAGCAUCGCCGACGUGGGUCUGGUGGGGAUGCCCAAUGCCGGUAAGAGCACCCUCUUGGGAGCCAUCUCCCCGGCGAAGCCCAUCGUCGGCGACUACGCGUUCACCACUCUCCGGCCGAACAUCGGGAACCUGAGCUACGAGGACUUCUUCUCCGUGACGGUGGCGGACAUCCCCGGGAUCAUCAAGGGAGCUCACGAGAACCGCGGGCUGGGGCACGCCUUCCUCCGCCACAUCGAGCGCACUAAGGUCCUGGCCUACGUGGUAGACUUGGCGGCGGCGCUGGGCGUCCGGCGGGGGGCACCGCCGUGGGAGCAGCUGAGGGACCUGGUGGUGGAGCUCGAGCGCCACCAGGAGGGCCUGUCGGCGCGGCCGUCGCUCGUGGUGGCGAACAAGGUGGACGAGGACGGCGCCGAGGCGGUGUUUGAGGAGCUGAGGAGGAGAGUACUGGGUGUUCCCAUCUUCGCCGUCUCCGCCGUGUUGGAGGAGGGAGUGCCCGAGCUGAAGGCCGGCCUCAGGAGGCUCAUCGACGGCGGCGAUUCCGCCGCCGCCGGCGGGAUCAGGCUGGAGAAGAUCGUCGUCGACUGA